GUCACUACUUGGGAUGGAUGUGCAUGAUUCUUCUUCUGUAGGAUAUGACCGCCCUUUGGUACCCCGGUUCUGUGAUCACAAUUGAGCCAGGAGUCUACAUUCCAUCUUCAUUCAACUGCUCUGAAAGAUUCCAAGGGAUAGGGAUAAGGAUUGAGGAUGAAGUUCUGAUCACUGAGACAGGCCACGAGGUGCUAACAGGGUCAAUGCCUAAGGAGAUCAAACAUAUAGAGACGUUAUUGAAUAAUCACUGCCAUGAAAACGCUGCUCAGAGCUUCGCCAGUUUCUCUUCCUAAGUUUAAAGGUUACAGUUGAGCUGUUACUUAGAAACAAUAUAUUUUAGAUGUUAUGAAUAAUGAUAAAAUUUGAAAUAAUAUAAUGAUGAUUUGAUUUGAUUUGACUGGACCAAGUUUAUAGCGAAACAGUACCAAGUCAUCAAGUUUCAAGAUAGUAAGGUGACAA